GCAAAGACAAGCAGGAAAAGGAAUCUGAGCAGACCUAGACGAUUUAUCUUCUAAAAAGGGAAGUGGAAAGACGAGCGCAGCUGGAGAGAGGAAAAAAUGUUCCUGUCGCUCCCUACGAUGACUGUUCUGGUCCCACUGUUGUCUUUAGCUGGCCUGUUCUAUUCAGCCAGCACGGAUGACAACUUCCCUCAGGGCUGCACAAGUACAACCAGCCUGUGUUUCUACAGCCUGCUGCUGCCAGUUACUAUCCCCGUUUAUGUGUUCUUCCACCUUUGGACCUGGAUGGGCCUUAAGCUGUUUCGCCACAACUAGGUUCGGCUGAAAUGUGGUGGGCCUCUUGGGAGUAGGCCUGGAAUAAGGAACGUAGUGGGGCUUCCUUUCUCCACUUCUAAUAUUUUUCCCCAUGAAUCUGAAGUGAUCCCUAGGAAGAAUGGACUAAGCGUGCUUACAUGCACAUGCAUUCAACUCUACUAGAAGAUUCACAUGGCUUUUAGGACAUGCCUGCUCAGAUGUUUUGAACCACUUCUCAUUCAGCACUUCUAGCACCAAACCAGAUCCAUGGGAACUGUCGGCUAAAGCAGGAGCUGUGGGCUGAUGUAGGCAAGUCUUAUUUGAACAAUAUCUUGUAGGUUGGGCCUUCCUUCCAUUACCAUCUGCCAUGUGCCCAAGAGAGAGGCUACUAUCAGCUUGUGGGAGUGGGACAGCAGAUGUAUUUAUUCAACCUUUCUGGUCCUCGGAAGAAGCCCUGUGCAGACAUAUCCUGAGGGAGAACUUCAGAUGUUACCAAAUGCCUACAAGCAAUUAUUUAGUUCUGCGCUAACUAUUAAGUAUUCAGGUUACAGGCUGUUGAAUGUCAGAUAUAGCGAUAAUGGAUAAUGCUCAGGAUUUUGCUUUGAUUAAGCUGCACUGACGUCUUGCCAUGCCCCCUGUGUGUUUUAAUUCAUGUGUGCAAAAGAAAUGAGAUUUAUCCCACUGUGCCAUGAAAAAGAACAGUAUAGGAUAAAAAGGGCACUGAAUAGCAAUGUUUUGUUUUAAAUAAAGCCCCUGUAAAGCCAGUUA